AUGCCGACUACAUCGCCAAAGCUAAUGGGUGAUCAUGUAGGGAGAGCCCGCGAUGGUCUCUACGAACCAGUCCUCGCCGAUAGCGAAAGAGAAGCCGUUGCCGACCUUCUCCAGUAUCUCGAAAACCGGGGUGAAACCGACUUCUUCUCAGGCGAACCCCUUCGAGCUCUCAGCACCCUCGUCUUCUCCGAAAACAUCGACUUGCAACGGAGCGCAAGCCUGACUUUUGCCGAAAUCACAGAGCGAGAUGUUCGCGAGGUCGAUCGUGAUACUCUCGAACCGAUCCUCUUCCUCUUGCAAAGCCCCGAUAUUGAGGUGCAGCGCGCCGCCAGCGCGGCGCUAGGAAAUCUCGCGGUCAACACCGAAAACAAGGUUCUGAUUGUCCAGCUCGGCGGACUCACGCCACUCAUUAGGCAAAUGUUGUCGCCGAAUGUUGAGGUACAGUGCAACGCAGUUGGAUACGAGAACCGCCAGCAACUCGUUAACGCCGGCGCAAUUCCGGUUCUUGUCCAGCUUCUCUCUUCAUCUGACGUCGACGUCCAGUACUACUGCACAACGGCUCUCAGCAACAUUGCAGUCGAUGCUAACAACCGACGCAAACUUGCCCAGACUGAGUCCAAGCUCGUCUCGUCGCUGGUCACGCUUAUGGAUUCAUCAUCACCUAAGGUUCAGUGCCAGGCAGCGCUCGCUCUUCGCAACCUUGCUUCUGACGAGAAGUACCAACUCGAUAUUGUGCGGUCAAACGGUCUCGCGCCUUUGCUUCGACUCCUGUCUUCAUCCUACCUCCCCUUAAUUCUUUCGGCCGUCGCCUGCAUACGAAACAUCUCGAUCCACCCCCUCAAUGAGUCGCCCAUCAUUGAAGCCGGUUUCCUGAAGCCCCUUGUCGACUUAUUGGGCUCUACCGAGAACGAAGAGAUCCAGUGCCACGCCAUCUCAACCCUUAGGAACCUCGCUGCCAGCUCUGAUCGUAACAAGGCCCUCGUCCUUGAUGCCGGCGCAGUUCAAAAGUGCAAGCAGCUCGUCCUCGAUGUGCCGGUUACCGUUCAGUCCGAGAUGACCGCUGCGAUUGCUGUUUUGGCUCUUAGCGAUGAGCUCAAGUCUCAUCUUCUCAACCUCGGCGUCUUUGAAGUUCUUAUUCCUCUCACUCAUUCACCUAGCAUCGAAGUCCAGGGCAACAGCGCUGCAGCUCUUGGAAAUCUCUCUUCGAAAGUGGGAGACUACGCGGUCUUCGUUCAGGAUUGGAAAGAACCCAACGGCGGUAUCCACGGAUACUUGACGAGAUUCCUCCAGAGCGGCGAUGCUACGUUCCAGCACAUAGCAAUCUGGACUUUGCUUCAGUUGCUCGAGUCCGAGGACAAAAACCUCAUUCAGUUAAUUGGCCAAGCACAAGACAUUGUUGAUCAGAUCAAGGAGAUCGCCAACCGUCAGAUCGAGCCGGACAACGAAUUCGAAGACGACGAUGAAGGCGAAGUUGUCAACUUAGCACAGCGGUGUCUCGAGCUUCUUGGCCAGAGCGGCUCGAAGUCUCACAUUGAAGGUUAA